ACGCGCUCCACAGCUGCGACUGACGUAUUUGGACAACAAAUGAAUGCCGUGUGAAACUUCAUCUCCUGAAUGCGAUCCUUGCUGGCUCCGUGGGUGUUUCCCCGCUUAUUCCUCCGAUAUAAGUGACCAGAAAGCUCACCGGUGGAUUCACGAGGUGUAUUUUGCGGCAUUCUCACGGGAUAUUAGACAGAAGCGUUUUGUUUUAAUUUCAUGACCGAAAACGGAGUAUUCGCUAAGUUGGUGACGGUUGUGGAUCAUUUACUCUGGGGAGACAUGGGCACUUUACGCGAUCUCCAGUACGCGUUACAGGAGAAGAUUGAGGAACUGAGACAGAGAGACGCGCUCAUUGAUGAACUGGAGUUAGAACUUGAUCAAAAAGACGAACUGAUUCAGAAGCUCCAGAAUGAGUUGGACAAAUACCGAUCAGUUAUCAGACCGGCCACUCAACAAGUCCACAAGCAGAGCGUCCUUCAAGAACAUCAGAGGACCAAGAGACAAGCGAUCUCAGCCGAACCAACAGCCUUUGACAUUCACGAUCUCAAUCAUGUCACGCUUCCUUUCUACCCAAAGAGCCCACAGUCUAAAGAACUCAUCAAGGAAGCUAUUCUUGACAAUGACUUCAUGAAAAACCUGGAGCUGUCUCAGAUUCAGGAGAUUGUGGACUGCAUGUACCCUGUGGAGUAUGAUAAAGAAAGCUGUAUCAUCAAAGAAGGCGAUGUGGGCUCUCUGGUCUAUGUCAUGGAAGAUGGCAAGGUGGAGGUGACCAAGGAGGGCAUGAAACUCUGCACAAUGGGGCCAUGGAAGGUUUUCGGAGAGCUUGCCAUUCUCUACAAUUGCACCAGGACUGCAACGGUUCAGACCCUCACAAAUGUGAAGUUAUGGGCCAUCGACCGCCAGUGUUUCCAAACCAUCAUGAUGAGAACUGGACUCAUCAAGCAGGCAGAGUACAUGGAGUUCCUUAAGAGUGUUCCAACGUUCCAAGGCCUUUCAGAAGAAAUACUCAGCAAGCUAGCUGACGUGCUGGAAGAGACGCACUAUGGUGAUGGAGAGUACAUUAUCAGACAAGGUGCCAGAGGGGACACGUUCUUCAUCAUUAGCAAAGGAAAGGUGAACGUUACUCGGGAGGAUACACCCAAUGGGACCCCGGUCUAUCUGCGAGCGUUGGGUAAAGGAGAUUGGUUUGGAGAAAAAGCCCUUCAAGGAGAAGACAUCAGGACGGCUAAUGUCAUUGCCGCUGAGGCCGUCACCUGCCUCGUCAUUGACAGAGAGUCCUUCAAGCACUUGAUUGGAGGUCUGGAAGACGUAUCAAACAAAGGCUAUGACGAUGCUGGUGCCAAAGCAAAAUACGAGGCGGAGAAUGUGUUCUUCUCCAACCUGAAGCUGGUGGACUUCAACAUCAUCGACACCUUAGGAGUUGGAGGAUUCGGACGAGUUGAGCUGGUGCAGCUCAAGAGUGAAGAGACCAAAACGUUUGCAAUGAAGAUUCUGAAGAAGCGACACAUCAUUGACACAAGACAACAGGAGCACAUCCGCUCGGAGAAACAGAUAAUGCAGGAGGCUCAUUCAGACUUCAUUGUGAGAUUGUACAGGACAUUCAAAGACAGCAAGUAUCUGUACAUGUUGAUGGAGGCCUGUCUAGGAGGAGAGCUUUGGACCAUACUUCGGGACAGAGGAUCAUUUGAAGACUCCACUACACGGUUUUACACAGCGUGUGUGGUUGAAGCCUUCGCUUACCUGCAUUCCAAAGGAAUCAUCUACCGUGAUUUAAAACCAGAAAACCUUAUUCUGGAUCAUAGAGGAUAUGCCAAGCUUGUGGACUUUGGCUUUGCUAAAAAGAUUGGGUUUGGGAAGAAAACAUGGACUUUCUGUGGAACACCAGAGUAUGUGGCCCCAGAGAUCAUACUAAAUAAAGGCCAUGACAUUUCAGCAGACUACUGGUCAUUGGGAAUCCUGAUGUAUGAACUCUUGACUGGAAGCCCACCAUUCUCAGGACCAGAUCCAAUGAAGACAUAUAAUAUAAUUUUAAGAGGAAUUGACAUGAUAGAAUUUCCAAAGAAGAUCACAAAAAAUGCAGGCAAUCUAAUUAAAAAACUAUGCAGGGAUAAUCCAUCUGAGAGACUAGGAAACUUGAAAAAUGGAGUCAAAGAUAUUCAAAAGCACAAAUGGUUUGAAGGCUUUAACUGGGAGGGUCUUCGCAAAGGAACUCUCACCCCUCCAAUUAUUCCUGAUGUGGCCUCUCCCACUGACACCAGUAACUUUGAUAGCUUUCCUGAAGACAACGAGGACCCUCCCCCAGAUGACAACUCCGGCUGGGACACUGAUUUCUAAAACUGAGUCUCAUAACUUACCCUGGAGUGUCCCGUGCCGUACAUCAUGCUCAAGGAGCACAGAAGAUAAGAGAAGAUGUUUAGUCCAGCUGUGUGACACCGAGAUGCCUUCACCCAUGCUUCUCCUGUCCUGCGGUGCCACUGGGGGCACCCAGAACCCUGCAGCGCCCCAUGGCUCCCGUAACUGUCCGAAUCAUAACGACUGGAGUCCAUAUUCCAAACACUGCCUCAGAAAUGGACUUGCACUGAUGUUUCAUAAACUAGUCCUUCAUAUUUUUUGCCAUGCUGUUUUAAUGAUUGCAGUAACAGACACUUAAACACUUAAAAGGAACUGUAGGUUAUGUAGAUGGGAUUUAUUUUAGGUAUGAUGAAAAUGUUCAUUUCCAUUUUGUCAUUUAUUUUAAAUGCAUACUCCUCUUAAACGUUCAUUCAGAUUCUUCUUCUGAAGGCUUGUGGAAGCUUAUAAUGUUACUUUUCUCUCUUUUUUUUAAUUUUUUUUUUAAUAUUCCUGGUUCAAUACAACUUAAACUCAGUCGACAGCUUUGGUGGCAUAUUGUUGAUUACCACAAAAAAAUGGUUUCGACUCGUCUUUCAAAAAAGCUAAAUUCUAGGUUACUUACAAUGGAAGUGAGUGAGGACAAUUUAACAGGUUUAAAGGCAGAAAUGUGAAGCUUAUAAUUUUACUGUACAUUAAUUAUUCUGUUAUUAUAUGAGCUGUAAAGUUAAGUCGUCAUUAUUACGGGUUUUGGGGUUAAUGAUGCCAAGGCAACGCAGUUAAAAUUUGACAACUUUCUCAGAAAAGGUUAGUUAGCCAUUUUAUCACACUAAAAUCAUGUUAGCACACACACUGUUUAUGUUGAUUAUAAGUGCCUGACAGUAACACUGAAUUUCGUAUCUUUUUUUAUGAAAGGAGGAACAAGUCAAAAUCUUAUUUAUUUUUUUAUUUUUUUAUCAACAUUAUGUAACAAAUGCUGUUGAUUGAUCUUAACUUGUAUUUAACCCGGAAUAUUCCUUUAAGAAAUAGGGAGUCUACCUUAACUUUGCAAUGAAUCAGCCAAGAUGCGACACAGUCUGAGCACCACAAGAGGGCAGGCUUUUUACUCAAAUCUGACCCAUUGUACUUAUCUACCUUGGGAAGGGUAGCAUUCAACUUCCCAGAUAAAAUGUAAGCUCAGAGUGAUGUCUACAAAAUUACAUAAUCCGCUCUAUUAUGAUACCAGACAUUCUUUUAGAAUAUUUACUUCCGUCAUUUUCUCAGAACAUUCAUGACUCUACACUCAUUGGCAAUGACGAGAUAGCCUGCGGUCUGUAAUAGCUUGAACACAAAGUGCUGUGCUGGAAAACCAAUUAUGUAAACUUAUUUAUUGUAGGACCAGGGGUAAAUAUUUAUGUGUAUAUGCAGUCGUAAUAUUUUUGUGAUAAUUGUAGAGAUUUAUUGUCAGAGUAAUAAAACUGUCCUAUUGCUUAGUUCUUUUUUUUUUUUUUUUUUGGAAUACAUUAUAACUGUAAGCUAUUUUAGUACGCUUUUUUCUCUCUGUUCAGCUUGCUUUCAAGAUGUAAAAGUUCACCAGACAAUUGUUUGGCAUUAUUGAAAGUGCCUUAAUGCAAUGGCAUCCAAAAUUUACCCCACAUUUGUUUUGAUGCUACACGACUAGGUCAGACACCUCAAAUUGUUCUUCUUAAUCAGUUGUGGCUUUUUUAAGGUUCUGAGAUUUAUAUGCCUUUUUCUUACAAUAAAGCAUC